AUGGAAGAAAUUCAACCAUCAUCAUCAAAAGAAACGGAAUCUAUUAAUAGUAAUGAAAAUGAUAAUGAUAAUAAAAUUAGUACUACACCAGUUAUUUCUAUAUCAACAUUUAUAAAGAGUAAAAAAAGUGCAUCAACAAGUACAUCACCACCGAAAUCUGGUUCAUUAUUAUCAAUUCAAAGAACUUUAAAAAAUAGUUCAGAAACACAAAUUAUAAAAGAAGAAAAAGAAAUAAAACCAACAAUAAUAAAAGUUGAUGAAUUAAAAUAUAAAGAAAAAGAAAAAGAAAAAGAGAAUCAUGAUGAAAAUGACGAUGAUAAAUUAUUAACAAUUAAAAAGAAUUCAAUUAUUCAACAUAUUGUUGAUGUUAAAUGGAGAGAUAAAUAUGGAUUUGUAAGUGAUGAUUUCUUUGUACCAGAGUUAAAGAAAUUUGAAGCUAUGGAAGAGGAACAAGCACAAGAAAAGAUGAAUAAAUGGGCACAAUUUCAUGAACAAUAUAAUAAGGUUGGAUUAUCAAGUAAUGCAAAACAGUUUUUAAAAUUAUUAGCCAAUGGUAUACCACAUAGUAGUAGAGGGUCAUUGUGGAAGGUUUAUUCUGGAUCAUUUGAAAAGCAAAGAAAAGAGGAGUUAUCAUUAUUUAAACAACAAAAAGAGGAGAAAAAGUAUAGUAGAUUCGGUACAAUUAGAGGAUUACAACCACCAACCAAUAGGAGAUCCUAUUAUCUCCAUUUACAAGGUAUCAUAAAGACAUCGAAUCGAUUAUCCACCAAAUUUCAAUCACUACCAGAGAUUGACAAAGACAUAUCAAGAACGUUCCCUGGCCACCCAUUUUUCGAGUCUGAUGAGGGUAAAAGAAAGUUAUCACGUGUUUUACAAGCCUACUCAAUUAGGAAUAGAAAGGUUGGAUAUUGUCAAAGUAUGAAUAUAGUGGCUGGUUUCGUGCUAUUUGUUGGUGGUGGAAAUGAAGAGGAUGCAUUUUGGUUGCUUUCAACGAUUGUAGAAGAUUUUUGUCAAAAUUAUUACUCCACCAAUUUAAUGGGCUCUCAAGUCGAUAUGAGUGUGUUUAGCAUAUUGGUAGCACAAUACUUUCCAAAGUUAUACAAUCAUAUGGAAGAGUAUGACGUAUCUCUAUCGUUAUUGUCAACUAAAUGGUUUAUGUGUUUGUUUGUAAAUGUUUUACCCACAGAGAUUGUACUUAGAAUUUGGGAUCAUUUAUUCGUAGAAUGUGGUAUCUAUGGUUACCAUAAACCAGCUUCUGAUGAACUUUGGUUACAACCUGACCCAGAGACUUUAUUAAAGAAUUCAAAAGAAAAUGGUGGUGAAACUUUUCGUUGUAAUGGUUUGGCAAGUUAUAAUCUACUAUUGACAGGUUUGUCAGUAUUGGCUUAUUUCGAGGAGACAUUAUUAAAUUGUCAUUCAACACCACAUUUAUUAAUGAUUUUAUCAACACAUGCCAAAGGUUUAUUCAAAGCAAAGCAAUUCUUUAAAUAUUAUCAAAAACUUAGAAACACAAUACCAGAGGAUUAUUUCAAUGGGUUAAAGAGAAAAUCGGAAUUGGUAUUCUUAAAGGAAUUGGAAGACAUGAGAAAGGCAAGAGAUCUUCAUCAAACAUUGAAAUUUACAAGAUUCUCAAAGAAUGAUUUGGAAAAGAUUUGGUCAGGUUUUAGACAAUUGGAGAUCUCAAGUCGUUAUAGUAUGGGUAAAUCAAUGAUACUCGAUUUUAAAAUGUUUCAAAAUGUUUUUCAAUUCAUUCUACCAUCAAACAUUGGUAUGGGUACAGCUGAUGAAAAUAAUACUCGUGAUAUUAUCAUUAAACAAUUGUUUAAAGCAUUCGAUAAGAAUAAAGAUGGUACAUUGGAUUUCACAGAGUUAAUGUCUGGUCUUUGUAUUUUGGCAAAGGGUACAUCUGAAGAACGUUUGAAAUUAUAUUUCUCAUUUUUCGAUAGUAAUGGCAAUGGUUUCAUCUCAAAGAGUGAUAUGAAGUUAAUGUUGGAAAAUGUUUACGAUAAGAUUGAACUCGAUCCAUUGGCUGCUACCCAAUAUUCAAUUGAUGAAUAUGUUGAAAUGAUCUUUUCAAACUAUAGUAUACCAGAGGGCGAAGGAUUAUCAUUUGAUAUGUUUAGACAAGCAAUUGCAAGUUAUCCUAGAAUUUUCAGAUGUUUCAUGUUGGAAGAGGAAGAAUUCUCUGUUGAUAUUGAUAAUUUCUUAGAACAACAACAAGAACAAACAACCACCACCAAUACUAGUGAUGGUAAUGGUGAAAUUAAAAGUUUAAAAAGAAAACAAACAAAAGGUUCAAGAAUUCAAUUUCAAGAAGUUUUAAUUAGAGAAAGUGAAUUAGAAAAUAAUAAUAAUAAUAAUAAGGAUUCAAUUGGAAGUUGUAAUAAUUCUAAUAUUACAAAUAAUGAUAAUGUUAAUAACAAUAAUGAAUCAAAGGAUAAUAAUAAUAAUAACAAUACUUUAGACAAUGAUAGCACUGUGGAAGGAAAACAAAAUAUAAUUAUUAAAAAUAAUAGUGAAGAACAAGAGGAUAGUAGUACCAGUAAUAAUAAUAAUAAUAAUAAUAAUAAUAAUAAUAAUAAUAAUAAUAAUAAUAAUAAUAAUAAUAAUAAUAAUAAUAAUAAUAAUAAUAAUAAUAAUAAUAAUAAUAAUAAUAAUAAUAAUAAUAAUAAUAAUAAUAAUAAUAAUAAUAAUAAUGACUCUGAUGAAGAACCAACAAAUAUAAAUAAUAAAUUUGGAUUUGCUGAAAUAAAGAAAAAACAACCAACAGAACCAAAAGGAUCAACAGUUAAUUCAUCAUUAUUAAUUGAUGCUAUUGAAAAGGCAAAAAUUGAUAAACCUCAACCAAAUAUUAUAAUUGAAAUGAAAAGUAAUAAUUAUUCAACUACUACAGUUUCUUAUAAUACUCCAUCUUCACCACCACAAAGUGGAAAUCCAUUAUCUUGCUGUAAAUUUAUGUAA